GUCUGCGCGGGAAGUGGAAACCGGCGCGGAGGAGAAGCGGCUAGAGGGCCGCCCGGGCGGCGUCAGCUUAGCUCGUCUCUCCGCGCUGCUGGGCUCGCGGCCGGCGGUCCGGCCCCUCCGCCGCAGCCGCCAUGUCCAUGAAGGGCCGCUUCCCGAUACGCCGCACCCUGCAGUACCUGGGCCAGGGGGACGUAGUGUUCAAGGACUCGGUGAAGGUCAUGACGGUGAACUACAACACGCACGGGGAGCUGGGCGAGGGCGCCAGGAAAUUCGUGUUUUUCAACAUACCUCAGAUCCAGUACAAGAACCCCUGGGUGCAGAUCAUGAUGUUUAAGAACAUGACGCCAACACCCUUUCUGCGGUUCUAUUUAGAUUCUGGGGAGCAAGUCCUUGUGGACGUGGAGACCAAGAGCAAUAAGGAGAUCAUGGAGCACAUCAAAAAGAUUCUGGGGAAGAGCGACGAUCUGUGUGUCCGGUGGCCCAAGCUGUGCUCUGCUCCGCUCCAGGAAAGUCUGUGUGGCUUCUGGACACCACACCAAGGAGUGGCUCCACUGGGAGGACGCAGAGGGGAUGGUCCCGCCAACGUUUUCGUUAAAGUUUGACAAGAGAGAAUGGACCUGCUGUCAAAGGCUUGAGAUGAUCUGGAGCGGCGAGAAUUCAGGUGGCGUGGAGCUGAUUUUUAAGGAAAAGGCCACUUCAAAGUAAGGCCAAGGGGAUCUAGGAAACUAAUGAGGAGUGUUCAAAUCCCAAAAUGGUCCACUAGAAUCAGCCAUCAGCAGCGAAGGGACUCAGGGAGCAGGACCGGCUUAGAAUCGGCUUUUCUCCCGGGCUGUCCUGCUGGAGUGGGGCAUGUGCUUAUCCAGGUGUUCACUGUCUCCCUGCUGGUACCACCUUCUGUUCCCAGCACAGACUUCAGUUUAGGUCUUGGCUAAGCUGCCCUCAUACCUUAAAGCAACCUGAGUGUAAAAGCCUCACAACCACAGGACGCCCCCAGGGCCCAGGGCAGCCGGCCAGUGCCGACCUUUUCACCAUUACCGAGAACUCAGACCUGAAAGAUGUGACACAAUACGUGUUCCCAGGGAGCUGCUACAGGAUCAACAGACAUGCUU